AUGUAUGUACUUUGUUUAAAUAAAUGUUUCAACAACAUUUUUGGGAGAAAUAAAUGUCUACCAAAGUUGCCAACAGUCCCGGGUGACGAAGGAGUUGGCGAUGUAGUAGAAAUUGGAAGUCAUGUUUGUACUGUGGAGCCUGGUGAGAGAGUGGUACUCACUUCUAGGAUGCUUGGAACCUGGCGUUACUACGGGGUAUACGAUGAAAGAGAUGUACACGUCAUAUCUCCCAAACUAACACUCCCAGAAGCUUCGACACUUACGAUUGCUCCAUGCAUGGCAUACAGGAUGCUCAAAGACUUUGGAGAUCUCAAACCAGGUGAUACCGUGAUACAAAACGCUGCCAAUAGCGCUUGUGGGCAGUGUGUCAUACAAUUAUGCAAGGCCUGGGGCUUGCAAAGUUUUAACAUAGUAGCGAAUCACUGCGGGUAUGAAGUUGUUAAAAAGAAUUUAAUGAGUUUGGGAGCAACUGCCGUUUACACCAUUGAAGAGGCAGAGGCUGUGACGAGUUUCAACACGUCUCUCACGAGGCCUAAACUGGCUUUGAACUGUCUGGGAGGUAGAUUUGAGGAUAUUCUGCUGAAACUAUUGGAACGCAAUGGAUCUAUUGUUUACUACGGAUGUGCUUUCGAUUUGCCUAUAGUAAAGUCUUGCUUACGGCCGGAUUUGCUUUUUAGAACAUUUCAUUUAUGCGACUGGAAUUCUCGAGCGACUCCCGUCGAUGUUGACAAUAUGAUGAAUGCUAUAAUCAAAUUAAUGGUUGUCGGCGCCUUCAAAGCACCGAUCUAUCAGCCGCUAGAACUUAAGAACUUCGUGCACGCUUUUCGAAACACUGUGCAUUGUGAAGCAUUUUCAACGGUUAAUUAUAUUUUUGACUUUACCAUGCCUUAA